AUGAUGUGUUCGCAAUUAGCCGGAAGUGUCAACCAAGCUCACACGGACCUCGAGGAUGACUCCAACCGUUCGGACAUCGAGCCCGAGUUGAAGGAGUCGUGUGAAGAGCAAGCACAACAGGGGAAACAUGAGCGAUACGCGACUGAAGCUCCCAGCAGUGCCGAGAAAUCCCCGUCGUCCAACGAUGGCAUGUCCGAAGUCGGGCUCGAAGCCGACGAGGAAGUCGAGAGCUUGAGCAUACCGCGGAGAAAUUCCGAAACCGAAGUCCUUCUGAACGGACGGAUAUCGCGCUGCACAACUGAGAGUCAUUCCAUGCGAUCGGAUUCAGAUAUAGAUCUGUCGUCGGAUGAGAACUCCGCGAAUCGGCAGUUGCAGAUGAAGCUCCUGACUUUGGAGCGACGUCUCACCGAAGUGACCACCGAACUAGCAGAAGAGAAGGAACGCCGAAUGUGCGACACCGCUCACUUCCAGAAAGACAAGGAAGAAACUCUUCGGAAACAAGAGCUGCUCGUCCGAGAUUUAGAACGAAUGAAAAAAGAGAAGGAGGCCGCUGUGAUGAAGUACGCCAAGAGCGAACACGAGGCGAUCACGGCGACAAAGUGUAGAGAAGCGUCCGAGAAGAAAUUAUGUGAUAUGACUAAGGAACGAGACGUUUACGUGACCAGGGUUCGCGCUCUGAAUCAAGAUUAUGCGAAACUGCAUUCGCGGCUUGAAGCUCGGGCUUCUGAUCUCAACAAAUUGGAGCGCAUCAUCGACCGCUUGACGGACGAGAAGUCCAGAGCUCAGGAGCGUUUACAUGACCUCGAAAAAUACUGCGAUAAACUAUUAGCCGAGCAACAGCAGGAACUACUGAAGACAACGACAGAGCAAUCCCUUGAGUUUUCGACGAAGUUGGAGGAAACCAAAGCCCGAUUGGCUGAAUGUCAGAGAGAACGAGACGAGCUCUACACCAGAGUUACUCAUUUGGAGGACGCUAAUCGAGCCCACCACGAGAACUUGUCCCUUUCGCAGAUCGAAAUAGAAAGGUUGAAAGCAGGCUUGGAGCAAGCGAUCGAGGACCACGCCAACUGUCCGAACCGUGAGGCUGAAAGUCUGCAGUUCACCCAGCAGCUUACAGAACGCACUCUCAAGAGCCAGGCUGAGAACGAGCAGCUGAAAGCACAAAUCUCGCUGCUGACUGAAGAUCUAGACUCUUUCAAGGAGAAAAACUUCAAUCUCGAUCGCGGCUAUGCGGAUGCAUCUGAAAGACUGCGAAUCACGAGCAACGAAUGCAAAUGCCUAAAAAUCAGACUGGCUGACACGGAACGUGAGCGGGAUACCACUCAGAGGAGGGUGCGCGAACUUGAACACGAGAAACUAUCGGUGAAGAGAAAGAGCGAGCAGAAUGUCAAGCAGCUCAGCAAAGAGCUCCAGAUAGCCCGCAAACACAUCGACGAGCUAGACUCGAAGAGCGCUCCCAAGUCUAACGGGAAGGAAAUUCUCCAGCUGGACCAGCGGGUUCUCGUUGAACGAAUCGUUAAGUUGCAGAAGAAUCUGGCUCGGAAGACGGAGAAAAUCGAGUUUCUGGAAGAGCACGUCAAAGAGCUGACGGCGGAGGUCAACAGGAAGCGUACUCGAUGACGUUGAUAGUGUGAUACCGAGUGUAAAUAAUACAGCCAGCGCUCGAUGAAGUAAACCGCGAUUCAGUGAAAAUUUUGAGCGAGUCAACCAUUGUCCUGGUCCCGCCCGUCGGUAGCGAAGGUUAGUCGAAGACAGGGCGGAUGGUCAAUGGAGGUUACUAACGAGUUUACUGAAUCGAGCGCUGACGGUGGUCGUUCAAAAUAAAUUAUCGUUUCAAUCUCUGAAUGGAGA